AUGUUUGCAAAAAUAAUUCUAUUACUAUUAUUGCAUAUAAUUACUGUUUUUGCUGAAGAAAAGCCAUUUUUGGAUUUGAAGAAAGUCAUUCGGGGUGCUCUUGAUGUUGUUGCAGCAGUACCAACUUCACCAACAACAAAUUAUGAUUUUGGUAAUGCAUCACAAUUGACUGCUCCAAAUGGCAUUCAAGGAAUCGAUCCGAUAAUUCGUGAAAGGCUUUCAAGACUUUUUCAUAUUCCUCCGGAUUUUGUCCAUCGUUUAGCAGCUCAGGCUGGCUUUAUUGAUUAUGAGCCAACAACAGCCAAACCAUUUCUCAAUUAUUGGUUCAAAUCUAAACCAAAUGUGCCGCAUGUCAGUCUAGAAUACAGUACAUCAUCUGCUUUUAUUCAGGAAGACCCAUCAGUUGCAUCCAAUUCAGCUAAUAAUGAUUUAUCAAUAAAUGUUCGACAACAAGGCAGAUCUGUUAAUGCUUCACAAACUAUUGCAAACUAUACCAUAACUGAACAACAAGCUGCUAUUUUACAAUCCGAACAACAAGCUGUUAUUUUUCAACCUGUCAUUAAAGAUGGUCAUUUAUAUUAUCAACCAUUCGGUGUUUUACCACAGAUUGGUCAACCAAAAAUGAUUAUUUAUGGUGGGCGAUUAUACAUGGCUACACCAUUACAAAGUGAAACACAUGCUCAAGAGGUAACAACUGGUGGUAUGAUUGCGCAAAAUUCAAGCGAUGUGAUUGAUGAAAAGGAUAACGAUCAUAAAAUAUCAGAUAUACCAAAUGAAUCAAAUGAAGAAAUGCAUUAUCGUCGUAUUUAUGCGCAACAUAUGAAAGCUGCAGAAGAUGCACAAGUUCAAGCUGAUAAACUUCAAAAAGUCGUUGUACCAGAUGCUUCAUUGAUCGAAAUACUUGGAAUUGAAAGUAAACCGAGGACUUCAUCAUCCUACCGUAAAGUACACAAAAAGAAACUUGAAAGCCAUAACGCGCUACAUCAAUUCAAUUUGCAGAAGAAACCGCACGAAGUUAAUUCAAAAUUGGCGAGAGAAGAUCAGAUUGGAAGUGAUCAAAAGCAUGAAGUGAUCAACUCUCGAAUGACAGCACAAAGAAUUUCUUCAUUCAAUCAGCCUGCUGAACCUGCAGCAGAUUUUGCCAAUAAAAAUUUUAAACAAUUUGAUAAUGCCGAUAACUCAGCAACUGAUGCAGCAAUUGAAGAGCAAACGACAACAAGUAACGAGCAGACUGAUAAGCUUUUAACUGGAAUAAUUUCGCAUGAAAAGACUGACAAAUAUGAAAAUAACGAGUUUAUGAAUAAGAAUCAAUCGAUGCAACGAAUUUUGACAUUAAGACAUAGAAUGGCUACUGAUAGAAAAAAAUUCGCGGAACGAAAGCGAUUGCUAUCAUCAAUGAAGCAAAAAGUGAUUAAAGAAGAAGAUAUGAAUAGAGAAAUAUUUCGCCGUCACUGUUACAAUAUUCGAUCAUUAGCACAACAAUUUGGUUUCACAGAUAUUAAACAAUAUGUAAUAUCCAAUUGCAUAUUUAUCGAGAAUUAUUAUCCGGAAUUUAAUUGUAGAGAAGCUGAAACAUCCAUUAAUAAAUGUGAAAAGCUAUUUUGA